AUGGCCAUAACAAGAUUUCAUAUGACAAACAAUGUUGAUUUUAAAGUUGACCGCGCCAACGUUGAGAGGUACAAAAUUAAGUGUAGAAGCCCUGAUUGUGGAUUUAGGUUGGCUGCAUCAUACAGGAAGAGAAGUGAUUCAUGGGUGAUAGGAUCUAUUUCUCAAGAUCACACAUGUGUUUACACAAAUGUUUCCCAAGAUCACCGUAAGCUAAGUUAUGAUAUUAUAUGUCAAGAAAUCUUGCCUCUAGUAGACAAAGAUCCGUCAGUAAAUGUGAAAACGAUAAUCUCUCAUAUCCUUGCAACUUACAAUUACACUCCAUCUUAUAGAAAGAUAUGGCUGGUGAAAACCAAAGCAAUCAAACUGGUGUAUGGCAAUUGGGAGGAUUCGUACAAACAACUUCCACGUUUCUUAUCUGCACUUCAGAUUUAUGCUCCUAGAACCGUUACUAUUUUAGAGACCCUUCCGGCGCAAUUUCCAAACGGAACGUGCCUUCAAGGAAAUAUGAUAUUCCACAGGCUUUUCCGCCCAUGUGUUCAAGGAUUUGCGUAUUGCAAACCAAUUCUUCAAAUAGAUGGCACUUGGUUGUACGAAAAAUAUAAGGGGACCUUGUUGAUAGCUGUGGCACAAGACGGAAAUAGUAACAUUUUUCCUGUUGCAUUCGCUCUUCUGGAAGGAGAAACUGCUGGAGGUUGGGGUUUCUUUCGCAGAAAUCUUCAGACACAUGUUGCCUCCCUGGGCUCUGUUUGA